AGUGCACUGGAUGCAAAAGAACUUGAUCCUCAGUGGUUGUUGGCACGUGUAAUUGAGAACUUAUACAUUCAUCACCUUUAUGAUUCAAAAGUCUUGGAUGCUGAUAGAAAUCCAUCAGAGUAUGCAUUCCAAUCCGAAUUCGCCACCAUCAUCAGAAAUUUGCUCCCAUUGGCAUACCCACUCUUGCAAUAUAAAACCUUGGUAGAAGUUAAAGAGCGCGAUAAGGAAGAGUGCAGUAAAAAAGAUUGUAAACAGCAAUUGGAUCUUCUCAUUCGAAAUGGUUCCAUCCUGACUUCGUAUGGCUUUGAACUAGUCAUUGCAGCUAGUACUAGUGAGAAAGAAUUCGACAAACAUUGUGAGCAUGCUGAAGAAUUCAGAAGGCUCCAUGACUGCCAGAUGUUCAUGGUCAAUCUUUGCCCCAAAGUUACGUUGCGUGAAUAUUUUGGAAAUCGCUCUUACAAUUUGACUCUGGUGAAUGUGGUCAUUGAUCCUGAUGAGUGGAAAGGCACUAUAAAAUAUGCAAAGAAAGAUGAACCUGUGUCGAUUAAUGGUUCUACUUGGAAAGUGUUGUUCAAUAGUACGGAAUAUUAA